GAGGUGGGGGCAGAUCACAUCAACAUCUUGCCGUUGGGCUGGGUCUACGUGGAGCCCCAGAAAUGUUCCCCAGCCCAUUCUUCCCAAGAAUCAAUGAGUAAAAUCAGGGGCUUCCCACCUGAGGUCAGGGAACCAGGCCCUGGCGUGGAACUUGGGGUGGAAAAUGGCCUUCUUUGUCAACUAAUUCAUUCUCCAGAAUUCAACUUGUUCUCCGACUCGGUGGUGUUUGAAAGCAACUUUAUCCAGGUCACUAAGCCCGGGAACUGGAAAGAUGUCUGUGAAAGGUCUACCACCGUGAUCCUUGGGGUGACCUCCUCAGUACCCUCCCUGCCACUCCCCAAUGUCCUCCUGAUGGCCAAUGUUACCUGGCCCCGGGGUCCGUUUUCCACCUGGAACACACCUGGUGAUGCCCCAGUCAUCACCCUCAGCAGGCUUCUCCCCCUGAAGUAUGUGGAGCUACGAAUCUGUGACCGGCUCCGACGCAUCCUGAGGGUUAGGACAGUGACCGAGAAGAUCUACUACCUGAGGCUCCACGAAAAACACCCAGAGACUGUGUUUCAAUUCUGGAUCCGCUUGGUGAAAAUUCUGCAGAAAGGUCUGUCCAUCACCACCAAAGACCCAAGAAUCGAAUUCACUCACUGCCUGGUGCCCAAGAUGCCCACCAGCUCCACGGAAACAACACCUGAAAACAGCCUCCUGUCAACCUCCCAGCCCAGUGAGACUCUCAUGCUGCUGGCGGCUGAGCAAACCAGUGGCAGUUUCUCACAGCUCUCAGGAAAGCCCCAGCUCACAGCAGACAGGAACAAUGACACUGCCAUUGAAACAGGCAAUUACGGAAGCUGUAAGAUACCCUCACCAGCGGCAUCUCCAAUCAAUUUCAAUAUAUCCAUGCGAGCUGCUUUGAGCCACAGCCUCUGGGAAUAAGAGGACCCUCAUGAGCACUUUCUAUAAGUUCCUGCGGCCAGUUCCCUAGGAGAGCACUUCUUGGGACUCUGACACCAGACAAAACAUGCUCUUCCUGGCAUGGGUGUACUUGCUACCACCUCUGAUAACACUCCUUUCCCACUGUGGGUCAGAGGACCAUGGGAGAGGUAAGAUGGUGUUUCCAACAAGGUGCUUCUGUACUUCUGCCAAUAAACCUCCAAG